AGGGUUAAUAAUAUUCCGCCGUGGGGGGGAGCGGGGGAGGACACACAUACACACACAUACACACAUAGCCAACCCGGCGACGAGGUUGGGCCUGCGGUGCCUGCCUGCAACCCAGGAAACAUGGAGCUCGAGAAUAUCGUGGCCAACACUGUUCUGUUGAAGGCGAGAGAAGGAGGGGGUGGGAACAGAAAAGGCAAGAGCAAGAAAUGGAAACAGAUGCUUCAGUUCCCUCAUAUAAGCCUGUGUGAGGAGUUACGUCAGACUAUAGAGAAAGACUACAACAGCCUUUGCGAGAGGCAACCAAUCGGCUGCUUUCUGUUCCGUCAGUUCUGUGACACCAGGCCGGAGUUGAGGCGCUGUGUCAAGUUUUUGGACGCUGUGGUGGAGUAUGAAGUAGCGCCAGAUGAGAAGAGGAAGGAAUGUGGACAGGAACUUCUAGACACGUACCUCAACCCAAAGUCAGAGGACUACAUCCCUGAGGUCACAGAGGAGAUGGUGACUAAGUGUGCAGAACGCUUGCAACAGGAGGCAUGUAAAGAGCUCUUCAUGGAGUGUACCAAACUGAUCCAUGACUACCUGAGCGUGGCCCCCUUCGCAGACUACCUCGAUAGUAUGUACUACAGUCGCUUCUUACAGUGGAAAUGGCUGGAGAGACAGCCAAUCACAAAAAACACAUUCCGUCAGUAUAGGGUUUUGGGAAAGGGAGGCUUUGGUGAGGUCUGUGCAUGCCAGGUGCGGGCCACGGGGAAGAUGUACGCCUGCAAAAAGCUGGAGAAGAAACGCAUCAAAAAGAGGAAAGGAGAGUCCAUGGCACUGAACGAGAAGCAGAUUCUGGAGAAAGUCAACAGUCGGUUUGUUGUGAGUCUGGCGUACGCGUACGAGACGAAAGACGCCCUGUGUUUGGUGCUCACGCUGAUGAACGGAGGAGACCUGAAGUUUCACAUCUACCACAUGGGAGACGCAGGUUUCGAUGAGAAGAGGGCCGUGUUUUACGCUGCCGAGAUCUGCUGCGGGUUAGAGGACCUCCAUCGGGAGAGGAUCGUGUACAGGGAUUUGAAGCCAGAAAAUAUACUGUUGGACGAUCAUGGUCAUAUCCGUAUAUCAGACCUGGGCCUGGCUGUGCAUGUACCCGAUGGUCAGACAAUCAAAGGCCGGGUGGGAACUGUGGGAUACAUGGCCCCUGAGGUGGUGAAGAACGAGCGAUACACAUUCAGCCCAGACUGGUGGGCUCUCGGCUGUCUCCUGUACGAGAUGAUCGAGGGUCAGUCGCCCUUUCAGCAGCGCAAGAAGAAAAUCAAGCGAGAGGAAGUGGAGCGGCUAGUCAAAGAGGUGGAGGAGGAAUAUUCCAGCAAGUUCUCAGAGGACGCCAAAUCACUCUGUAAAAAGCUGCUACUCAAAGACCCUUGUGAGAGGCUUGGCUGUCAGGGGGGCGGAGCCUCAGAGGUCAAGGCCUACCGUAUUUUCCAUUCCAUCAAUUUCAAGCGGCUUGCGGCCGGCAUGCUCGAAGCGCCCUUUAUUCCGGAUCCUCAGGCCAUCUACUGUAAGGACGUGUUGGACAUCGAGCAGUUCUCCACAGUGAAGGGAGUGGAGCUGGAACCCAAAGACGACUCCUUUUACUGCAAAGUAUCCACUGGAAGUAUUCCCAUCCCCUGGCAAAACGAGAUGAUCGAGACGGAGUGCUUUAAAGAACUCAACAUCUUGAACUUGGAUGGCACUGUGCCCCCUGACCUGGACUGGAGAGGUCAACCCUCGCCCCCACCCAAACAGGGCUUACUGCAGAGACUCUUCGGCCGCCAGGACUGCUGUGGAAACUGCAGCGACAGUGAGGAGGAGCCUACGCGGCUGUGAAGGCGUGGCCUGCCUAGGGCUCCUCCCCUACACCACUGAGGCUCUCAUUUGUUUACAGUUUUUGCACAUUUGUAUUUUUACGAUAGCUCUAUAUAAACAUUGGAAUGUAUAUUUUCACUAUAUAGCCAUGCAGUGUAUCUUAUUUAAAGUCAUUGAAUUGAAAAGGACAGAAAAAGGGUCCCAAUUAUUGUCCUUGAUCACGUGUGAAGUAUGGAAAGGACCGAUCGUUCAACACUGCUCGAGUCUUGUACAUUUGGUAGGCAUGUCGUCUCGCAGCCUCUUUGCGCUUUUCUUUUCUGUUUAUUGAGUUCACACAUGUACAGUAUGCACUCUGAAUAUUUGUUUUAGACGCGGGGAGCAAAGGAAAUUUGCUUUUGCAGAUAUUUUUAUAUUUAUAUUUUGAAUUUUAUUUUCUUAUGGUAAUCUCGACAAUCAAAUGGCACCAUUUGUAUAAAACCGUGAUAAAUGUGCAUUAAUGGAUUUAAAAAAAAAAAAGCAAAAACAGGAAAGGACUUUAAAGCAGAGGGAAAUUUUAAGAUCAUUAAUUCGCUACCAGUUACUUAGCUAGAGAUACCUAGUAAACCAAAUAGGCGUGCAUAUAUACGUACAAUAACAUGUUGUAAAUACGCGACACUCAUCUGUAAUGUCUUCAGCGCGUCUUCCUGCUGAUAAUUAGGAAGAACAUCCUGAUUAUAGUCCAUAAUGAGGCAUUAUUUUCCAUUUCGCAUUGCAAUUUGUCAAAUUCCAGCUCUGAAGACCGAACGACUUUAAUACUCAAACCGACUCUCAGUUCGUCAUACUAAUAGAACAUGUUAUUUAAUGUUUUUAUAAGUAGAUUUGCGCAAUUGUAUACAAUUUGAAUUGCUGCUUUUUUACAUGUAGGUCAUUUGCCAAAAAGAAAUCCCCUGCGAUCUCAAUAAGCUCUGUGUGUUUUCAGUUGCUCGGAAAUAUGAUGUCUUGGGAACUUUUGUUGUAAAUUGAAUCUCUUGAUGCACUUAAGACCAAACAACUUCAAGUGUUUGUCCUCCAUCUUCAUUGAAGGUGCCUUUUUGAAGUUUUAAGGUACUCUUGUCAUUAGGGCUGAUUAUUCAAAUGUCUCCAUUAUAAUAUUAUCGAGUUGGCUUAGCAUUUUGUGCGCACACUUUCUCUUUUCUUCGCUGUUGUUUUACAUCGAAUAUAUUACCGUGCCCUGUGGAUGUUCAAACUUUUUCUAAACUUGUGAAAUCUUAUUUUGGAGUCUCGCAAAAGGCUUUGGGACUUUAUAUUGAAGCCUAGCGGUCUGUAAAACGUAAGAUAUUUUGGAGCAAGUCUUCAAAACACACAUGGCGGAUCUCAUUUCUCAUCCUCCUGCAGUUUACUUUAAUUCUCUUGGAUAAACUCAAAUACAUUCCAGUCUCUACUGUACUGUACAGUUGUAAAAAUUGAUUCAGUUUGUUUUGUUGUUGUUUAUUUAGCAAUAAUGGAUUUGAUGAGUAUAACUAUUAUGUAAAUGUGUAUAAAAUGACAUUUCAAAUCUAGAGCGAGACAAAACUUAGUUUGACUCAAUGUUUUCCUGAGCCAGGCUUUUAACACUGUGAAGUGAUCAUUUCUGUCACAGUUGGAAUUAUUUUGUUGUUGUUUUUUUGCGAAUUUAUAACUAUGUAUGUAUGUGUGCUUUAACCUGCACUGCAUGUCCCAUAAUCCUUCUCAGAACCACUAUUGGAUGCCAUUUUUUGCCCUAAAUGAGUGAAAUGUUACAUUUUAGGCAAGAUUUCAGUGUUUUUCUUUUCCAAGAGGAGCCUUACUGAUUAUAAUAUUGUCCAUUAUUAGUAAUUCCAAUCCUUUCAAUAUCAUAGAUUUCAUGUUUUUACCUCAAGGCAGAGUGAAUCUCAAUUUCAUACACAACAAGACUGAGAAAAGACACUGUCAAAGUGGAAACGGCACACACGUCAGUGUUAUUAAUCGAUGCAUUUUAGUUGUAAACAAUAAACACAGACCCAAUUAUA